UGAAUGCAAUGAUGGCUACCUGGUAUGAAAAGGAGAUAUAAUUCCAUCCUCCUAGGUUUAAACCUGUCGUGAAUCCAGGUCUAGUCAAGACGACUAGAAGAAGGGCAUCUACCAUCUGAAUAGUUCCAAAGACCGUUGGAAAUGGAUGGCAUACUGAAGCGUCAAGCCUCCUUUCCAAACUGGACUCAAACCCCUAUCCCGGGCUUUGAAGUCUCGGCCUCGGGCCUCCUCGCGCUCGCGGACCUAGGAACCAUAGCUAAGCGCACGCAGAUAGUAGGAGGCUCGUCAUGGCUCGACGCACUGCUUCUCGCUCCAGGCCUGCAUUACCAGCAAGCUGCCGACGCGCUUGCCGGUAGUACCGAGUCGUACAGCGCCGUCGAGCUGUAUGAGGGCCGGACGUCGACACACAAUAUCACCAACACCGCUACCCAGAGUUACUUAGAACGCGUGGGUAUGGUCGGGCAAAGGGUCACCGUCGACGUAGGCAUGAUGCCCGAGCGGAAUUAUUACUUCCCCGGUGGCCGGCGCCAGUCUCCCGGCCAGCGAGCUACCAUAUGGAGUGACCAAGGCGCCGACUUAGGCUGGGUCUCCCACGUAUUGUACCUCAUGAGCCCCGCGCUCACCAUCACCGCCUUCGUAUUCAUGAUCCUGCUUCGGGAGUGGUGGGGCGUGGCGUCCCUUCUCGCCCUCAUGCUAUCCCGCGUCUUGAAUAUCUGGGUCAUCAAGCAGCGGUCGAAGCCCCCCGUGGCUCCGCCCCCCAAACCCGACGUCAGCAGCCUAUUGACGGAGUACCUGGUCGAUCUGGGCGAAGGCCGCUCCGUCUGCCUGCGCGGCGUGGCCGAGGACCUACAGGCUAUCACGACGACGUCGUGGCUGCGCGCCAAGACGCACCUCGACGGGUACCUCGAGGCGGCCGCCAAACUGAUCGUGUACGUGGUGGCCGCCUUCAGCGGCAACAUGACGCAGGUCGGCUCCAUCAUCUUCAUGCUGCUGUUGCUCAUCACCGCUGGCCUCCUGGGGCUGAGCAACGCGCACGCGAAAACGUUCCGCAUGCACGGCCGUCUCGCUGCGCCGACCGUCGAUCACCUCCCCAACGGCCCCGGCAAGUCUGUCGCUACGCCGUACCCGCCUAGCGACUCGGAUAGCAAAGGGGGAGGAGGAGGAAGCAGCUUCUCCUUCUGGCCUCCGUCGAUGACGGCGAGGUCGUCGAGCGGGUUCACGGGGAUGGACGAUUUCGCGGAGAAGGGACAGGUUGGCGGCGUGUUGAGGGACAGGUAUCCCUUCGACAAGUCGACUGAUUACAGGUAGUACGGGUGGUGAGCGAGUGCGUUGCAUGAUGAUUUACUCGUCCACCUGCCAAAGGUAGUUAGGCUAUUUCGCGGUCAUUCCGACAUACAUGCGA